UAAACUCAAAUAUUUAGACAUGAUGUGAGCAAAAAGUGCUGCGCGUGGGAAACGAUCACGGCAUACACCUAUAAUGCUAAUAUUUCAGUAGAUUAUGUUUAAACGAUUCUUGUGCAGUUUGCAUUUCUAAUGAGAAAAAUAACACCAUGCAUACAUUACCAAAGAAACUAUUACAUAUGAAGGACAAAAAGAGCAUGGACCACAAAACCAGUAAUAGGUAUAUUUGUAGCAAUAGCCAAUAGGGUCAAAAUGAUUAAGAUAUUAAGUAAAGAUCCUUUUUAAUGUUCAAAAUAUCCACAUUGACUAGCAUUAAAAUAUCUCAACUUUAUUAUGAUCAGUAAUAUGCAACGCUAGGGACUUGAUUUGUACUACUUUAAACGUGCUGAUGUUCUGCACCCUGAAAAUCCAGGUUUUCAAACAGAUGCAUCUCGGCCGAAAGUGUUCCCUGCAAACCGUACAUCAACGGAAAGCUCGUUUAUUCGGCUUUUUUUUAGGUUAUGCAUGAUUUCGAGUUGCACAACGCGAUCGGUUUCGAUGCGGCUUCCAUCGUUAAAAUGCGUGCACUAAAUGUUUUACGCGAGCCAGGCGACGCGUGCGUGCAAACGCCGUGUGGACGCGCUUGAGGGCCAAACGAUGGAAAAACGCACACGUUUGACGUGAACGGUCACACCGGCGCCGCGUUAAAGGCACGCGUUUGCUGGUUUUCGCAGUCGUUCGCCGUUAGCUUCGCGUUCUCCGGGUGAACGCCGGCCUUCCGCAUUUUCCUGCGGCUCUGCGCAGUGACGUGUCGCGCUGACGGCGGCUCGCGCUGUGGCGGAGCAGCGGGCUGCGGCGCGUCUGUCUGCGGAGCUCCGCCCUCCCUGCGCACUCCGCGGCCCGCCCAGCGUCCGCUAACUCCCGCUCCAGCCCUGCCCGAGUCUGGGGGAAUCCGACGGCCUGCCUGCCUGCCCGGGGAAAAAUCUGGAGGCCGCCCCGCGCGUCGAUCAACGCAGACAUUUUGAAUGAAUUAUGUGUGUGUUGUGUUAGUUGUGCCGUGGCCAAUGAAGAAUAAAGACGAUGGAUGAGGAGGUGACAAGGCUUGCUCUCCGGUCCCAAGAGCCAAAGAUUAUACUGCAUGGCUCAGAUGAAGGAGGUGCAGGGGAGGAAGAGGAGGAGGAGGAGGAGGAGUAUGUGGUGGAGCUGCAGGAGACGGUGCUGGUGUCGGAGGUGGAGGGAGAGGCCGCGUCUGUCCAGGGCUUCUCCUCCGACGAGCUCGUCAUCCAGGACGCCGUGGAGGACGUGGUCGCAGAGUACGUGCACUGCGACGACGACGAGGGCGUUGCCGUGGAGACCUGCGUGAUGUCACUGGAGGGCGAGGAGGAAGAGGAGGACGGCGUUGCCAUGGCAGAGAUGACGGAGGACGUUCUGGUGACGGAGGGAAGGGACCCUGAACACGACUCGGACGGCUGCGGAGAUUACCUCAUGAUCUCCUCUCUGUUCUUCCCGCUCUAGUGGGACGACGCGGGUAAGAUGGUGUCUGGAGACGGAGAGGAGGUGACGGUCGAGGGAGCGAUAGAUGAUCAGGAGGUGGAGAAGGACGAGGACGGACAGGAAGUCAUCAAAGUUUACAUCUUUAAAGCAGACUCUGGAGAAGACGAUCUUGGAGAGACGGUGGAUCUCGGGGAGAGCGAGGCGGUGACUCUGGCUGAGCCCGUGGUCCGGCCGCUGAGAGAGAAGAUGGUCUACAUGUCUGUGGGAGACGCUCAUCACACGCAGACCGAUGGAGGAUCGAAGCUCUCGGACGAGGUGUACAUGGAGGUGGUGGUCGGAGGAGAGGAGCCGGUUCCUCACGACAGGCCGUAUGACAGCACCGCCCUCAGCAAGGACUUCAUGCCCGUGGCGUGGGCCGCUGCUUACGCAGGAGCGGACGAGGGCUGUGAGAACCGAACGAGCGGCGCAGCGCGGCGUUACACAUUGACGCAGUCGGAUGCACUGGACAAACUCACGCAACACGGCAAGAACAAGAGACGAGCUGAACCCGACAGGUCCAAACAGGUACCGGAGGCGAUCAUCAUCGGUCCGUACGGACAGCCCCUGACCGUCUACCCCUGCAUGCUGUGCGGCAAGAAGUUCAAAUCCCGCGGCUUCCUCAAGCGCCACACUCGUAACCACCACCAGGACGUGUUGAGUCAAAAGUACCAGUGCACGGACUGCGACUUCACCACCAACAAAACCAGUCUGCACAACCACAUGGAGGUGCACGCGCUCAGCAACAAAGCGCCGUUCGAAUGCGAGACCUGCGGGAAAGAGUUCCACCAGCAGGCGGCGCUCUUCUCGCACCUCCAGCACCACCACCAGGAGCAGAAGUCCCCACGCCAUCGCUCGCCGCUCUCCGCCGCCGCCACCAAGACUCACAAGUGCAAGUUUUGCGACGAGACCGCCGAGCAGGGGCUGCUGAACCGCCACCUGCUGGCCGCACACAGCAAGAGCUUCCCGCACAUCUGCGUGGAGUGGCAAGGGUUUCCGCACCGCCGGGAGCUGAAGAAACACAUGCGCACGGCACACCGCGGCGAACUCGAUUGCAUGUACUCGCGACACAAAUCGCCGACUCGGCCCAACCUGAAGACGCACGCGAAGACGGCACAGCCGCGAGCUGCCGUCGCUGGCGCGAAGCGCUGCGCCAGACCUUCGGCGAGGAAGACGAAGCUCACGCAGCGCGCCACGCACGAGGACGCGGGACACCAGUGCAGCCACUGCGACCACCGCAGCUCAAACUCCAGCGACUUGAAGCGCCACGCCAUUUCGCGGCACACGAAAGACUACCCGCAUAAAUGCGCCGCUGGCGCGAAAGGCUUCCACCGGCCGUCCGAGCUGAAGAAGCACUCGGCGCCGCGAAAAGCCAAGAAACUGCACCAGUGCCGCCACUGCAACUUCAAGAUCGCGGACCCUUCGUUUCUCAGCCGCCACAUCUUAUCCGCUCACACUAAAGAACAGCAGCCAGCCGAGGCGCAGUCGCGACGACCGCCGCACGCAGGCGUCGCCGCCGCAAGCCCGCCCACAGAAAAGCCCGCCCCCAAGAGGACUAUAGGCGCGGCGCAGUUAGCAGCGCCCGCUGUAAAGAAAGCCGGCGGCGGCUCGAAGGGUCCGCGAGAACGGAGGGUGUAUCAGUGUCAGUAUUGCGACUACAGCACGGGAGAUGCGUCUGGCUUCAAAAGACACGUUAUUUCCAUCCACACGAAGGACUAUCCGCGACGCUGUCAGUACUGUUCAGGGCUUCCGAGACCUUCGGAGAAAAACCAGCACAUUAUGAGGCACCACAAAGACAUGGUGCCGGCCGAAUGAGCUCCUCCUCUUUCUCCGCUCACUUCCGUAGACACACUAAACAGCGAGUGAUUGGAUAUCACCGUCCCUCGUGUUGGCAACCUCUGUAUCGGGCUUCUCACCAAGACCCCUCAUGCAUAGCAGUGUGUGUGUGUGUGUGUGUGUGUGUGUGUGUUGUGUUUGUAUGCGAGAGAAGAGUGUGUAGCAACAUAGGCUGGAAGUGCUCGUUUAUGAUCACGCCUUAAAGGAACAGACCGCCCGAAAACGAAAUUUCUGUCGUC